AUGAAGCCAGGUGUAUUAGGAUUGACCAACAAGCCUGUGGGACGUUACUGCGUUAGUGGACCGGCUGCGAUCAGACCGGACGGGUAUGUUCAUUUUGGGGACAUGAGCCGAGCACGCACACCGGUCGUUAUGAGAGGACUUUGUCAAAAUGCACAAUUGAUCAGCGCAUUGUUUUACGUGAGCGAUACCAAAUGCGCCAGUAUUUGGCGCUUGUCCAUUAACAAUGGUGUUAACCAAUUGCGUCCUGGUUCGUUGUCUCCCCAGUCAUCAGCAUGCCGGGCAUUGGAAUUGACGGUCGCUCAUGGUAAAGCGCGACUGGCAAGGGAUGAACUUCCAUAUAUUGGAAACCCGGUGUAA